GAGAUCGUGGACGAGAUUCUGGCCUCUCAGGGUGGUCAGCAGAGAGUGCACCCGGCCGGAGGAGGAUCCUCGUCCAUGGUGAUAUAUCAAACUUCCAAAAAUUAUAGCAACUACUGAACCACUGCUUCGACGACAUCGAGAAGUUUGUCGCUCGGCUCCAGCAAGCGGCCGAGUCCUAUAAGGAGCUGGAGAAGAGGAAACGGGAGAGAGCUGCCAAGAAUAAGAAGAAGCAGUCGGGAGACGGAAUGUUGAAUGCCCGUGCCCGGCCCCCUCCGGACAAUGACUUUGUGGACAUCUUCCAGAAGUUCAAGUUGUCCUUCAAUUUACUGGCCAAACUGAAGGCUCACAUCCACGACCCCAACGCACCCGAGCUGGUCCACUUCCUGUUCACCCCGCUGAGCCUGAUCUACGAGGCGAGCCGUGACCCGUACCACGGCAACCAGAACCUGGGAGACCAGGCCGUGGCGCCGGUGCUGACCGCUGACGCCAAGCAGCUGCUGCUGAACUGCUUGACCAGCAAGGAGAUUGAGAUGUGGCAGUCUCUGGGGAAACACUGGACAACCAGCAGAGCGGAAUGGAAUGGCAACAUUCCCGGGUAUGUCCCAGAGUUCUACGAUGGUUGGAAUCCUGGCGCCAGUGUCAUUGAGGAGCUGACACAACGUACUGCCCUCAUCUCAGGACCCUCCAUGCCAGACACGGGACGCAGCUCCGUUUACAGCCAACAACAGCGCCCCAUCCCUUUCCCGGACGAGGACCGAGGGCCAGUGAUGGACCGAACUUACCGUAACCACGACGAGUACAACAACAGGUUUGAGCAGCGCAGCUUCGAGACCAGGGAGCGCGGUGGCGGGUAUGAUCCCCCUCCUCCACGCAGCUACGAGCCUAGCCCGCGGGGCUUCGAACCCGCACCCUCCCAAGGCUUUGAGCUGUUGCCUUCCUCCCGUGGCUUUGAGCCUGCCUCUGUGGGCCCCCGGGGCUUUGAGAGCCACUCCCGGGAGCGCUCUCCGCCCCGCUCGGGCAUGCACAGCCCGUUUUCUGAUUUUGUAGAGCAGCCAACCCUGCCAUCUGACAGAGUUGGGAGGCCAGAGCCACAGCGGGUCGAGACCCACCACUUAGUGACACCCAUGUCAAGACAGGCUGAGAACGCCGCUUACUUUGAAGAGUUGAGACGCUCUGGAGAUGCCGAAAUCUACGAAGCAGCUCACGACAGAACUGGCAAAAAUGCCAAAGAGUUGACAGUCCAGAAGGGUGAUGUUUUGCAGGUACUUGACAGGAGCAAAAACUGGUGGAAACUCCGCAACUUCAAUAAAGAAGUGGGCUUUGCCCCCUACACAAUACUGAAACCCGCAAAGACAGAGUACGCCACCCAGUCGUCCAAAGAACUCAACGCCAUUCUCCAGCGCCGCAAGGAACACGUCAACAGCCUGGGCUGGCUCACUGGCGACACUCAAGACGCGCUCCCACCUGAUUACGGAGGAGGUGCCAGCCUAAAGGAUCAGCUGGUGCGACAGCGAAGUCAACUACGUCAGAGUCAGAUGGACCUUGACCUCUACUGACAAAGGUCAGGGUCAGGGUCUGGAUGGCUUUCUGGAUUUUCUCCUUAUAUUUAUAAAACCUGCGUGUCUAAAGACGGAUCAUUUCUGCUUUUCAUCUACGUUCUAGAUAAAGACAUGUUGCACCAAAUAAAUGAACUGAUAACUUAACUUAAUAGAUCAAGAACAUUUUAGAAAUGCAAGAAUAAUCCAAACAAAGCUCGAUUCUCUCAUCUCCAUGACAUUUGUCAUCCGUCCACGAUAUCGAUACUUGUACUGUCGUUGGUUUUCACGGAUGUGAUUAUGAGCAGGUGGAAAACAACACAAAAUACUAUUAGAGAUGUGCUUGUGUUUCUGAUUUGCGUAUGGUAGUUAAAAUUUGCUACAACAUUGCUUUGGUUCUGCUGUUGAUCGGACGAAUGUGUCUGCUACGUCCUUAUACUUAUACAUUGUACUCAGAUCUAGAAUCUAUACGACAUGUACUUAUAUAAGUUAUAGUGCUGACUUGGAUUUAUCAUGAUUAUCCAUAGUACCACAUGUACCAGAUUGUCACUAUUGAGAGAAUAAAGCUGGCUGGCCUGGCAAAGGACUACAUUGUUGAAGUCGGGUAUGCUGAAAGUCAAAGUAAAAAAUCGUACACAACAAGAUGGUUCACU